AAGGAAAAAAUAUAAAAAAAAAAGAAAUUUAUGAAAAUGUACUUAUUAUCUGAAAAUUGACAAAUGAAAUAUUGAAGACUAUGACCGAAUAAUUGAAGCGCCAAAAUUUUUAAAAAACAUUAAAAUUUCAGACAAUUUAUCAUAUUGAAGACUAGGCAGUAUGGUCUCCGACCUUAGCCUGUUCCACAACGGAACAAACAUACUAAAAAAAAUGAAAACUUUCAAGUUUUUAACGGAUUUCGCAAAAAUAUUGUUUUCUUUCUCAUAAAAAUAAUUGUAUUUAUAAAAAAACAAGAGUGAUAUUUAAACUAUUUUCAUUACCAAAUGUGUAAAUUACUGUAAAAUCAUGGGUAGCAACAGUGAAUCUACAUCAAACAGUAUCAAAUUUGCUCCAAUGCCGAUGUCGGCGCUUUUGGCCAAUUUGAUGUCCUUACAAAAAACUAAUAGCCCAGAUUUGAGUUUCGCUUCAGAUGACGAAAAUGAUAAUUCUGUUUGUGAAACAGUAGUCAAGAAGCCAACCCCAAACAACCUUAGUAAAGAUUUUCGAACCCCCAAUGUAAAAACUUCUAAAUAUGAGGAUAUUAAAGCUUUCGCUUCAGAGAAGAAAGUUUACGGCGAUCAUAACAAAGAGAAUUUACGGCAGGAUUGGAUUUCUAAUCAAACUUACCCGAACAAGGAUGGUCAAAUUAUUACACCCAUUAAUAAUGUUCAGAAAAGUGUUACCGAUAAUCUUUACCAAAGCACCGAUCUUAUGAAACGCAGUGCACUUAUUCCACACAAUAACAACUCAAAAGUUGCUCCUCAAAUUAAUAUCGUUCAUAAAAAAUCGCCAGAGAUUUCAAAAGUACCGAACAGUGUUCAGAAAACGAAAAUUGCUACACCGAAAAUAAAGUCAGGAAUACGAAAGUUCACUCCAGGAUCAGGUAGGCUUAGUCAAAAGAAAACACCACAGAAAGUUGUGGUACAAAACAGAGAUAAAGUGAGAUGUGGAUUAUUUACUCAAAACCCAUCAAAAGAGGAACAGUGUCCACUGCCACGACAGGAGGUAGUCCCAGUACCGGUGCCUGAGACACCAGUAAACAGAAAACCAAUGCCGGCUUCAUAUGUUGCCACACCAUCAUAUCCUCAAGGAGUGAUGGGCAAUAACUCUAAAGUGCUGUUAAAAAGCACUACCAUAAAAGACAAAAAGUAUAUGUUCAUAAAGAAACUGGGCACUGGAGGCUCUAGUGAAGUUUAUAAGGUACUGGAGGUGGCAACAUCGUGUGAGUAUGCAGUAAAAUGUGUAUACCUAGCGACAGACCAGGAGCUGGCACAGGGCUACAUCAACGAGGUGCGGCUGCUCAGAAAGCUACAGAACUCUGACCGUGUGAUACGAUUGUAUGACUAUGAAUACGACCGCACGAAUCAGUUCUUGCGAAUAGUGUUGGAGGUAGGCGAGACGGACUUGUCGUCGUUGCUGAAGGCGCGCGGCGCCGGCCUGCCGCCCGCCCUCGUGCUGUACUACUGGGAUGAGAUGCUGCACGCCGUGAACUAUAUACACGAACACGGCGUCAUUCAUGCCGACCUGAAGCCGGCUAACUUCCUACUGGUGUGUGGACGACUCAAGCUGAUCGACUUUGGUAUCGCGUCGGCGAUCAGCGGAGACGCGACCAGCGUGGUGCGGUCGCAGGCCACCGGCACCUACUCCUACAUCAGCCCCGAGGCGCUAAUGGGCGGCGCCGGCGGCUACGGCGUCUCUGCUGGUGAUGGCAAUGCGCCUAUAAAGAUCUCGUUCCGGUCGGACGUGUGGUCGCUGGGCUGCAUCCUGUACAGCAUGAUUUACGGGCGCACGCCCUUCGGCCAUAUUUCUAACCUGGCGAAACUAGCCGCCAUACUUGAUCCCAACCAUAGGAUCGACUACCCGCCCGUUGAACACCUCCCUCCAUCACUAGUGGACGCGCUCAAAUGGUGCCUGACAUACAACGCGCGGUUGCGGCCGUCGGUGCGCGAUCUGCUGCGGCAGCCGUACUUGCUGCCGGCCGCGGGUCGCUCGCCGCUGCCGCCCGAGCUGCUCGACAAGCUGCGGCCGCACGUCACGCCGCAGGAGUACCGUCUGCUGUUGAGGGCGUAACUCUAGCUCGUGUGUCUACAUGCAUAUAAAGCUAAGGACUAGUCUACGGAGAACAAAGUUGGACGAUCUCAUGUGUUAACUGUUGUAAAUUUAUAUGUUCUCUACUAGAAGAUAGAAAAUGCGUCAAAGGUGUUUCGUCUGCGUUAAACAUUAGAUUGAGUUCUGACUCCAUAAUUAGGAUAACAUCAAAUUAAUGGUAAUGUCAAUUUUAAGUUUUUAUACCAUUAAAUUCAGAUCACAUCAAUUAGAAGUUAAAAGGCAAUGUUCAUUAGAUGUUAUUUAGUCUUUAUUACUAUAAGAUUACGUCGGAUUUCUGUCAUACCUGAUUUUAGAAGUCUACAGCUGCCAAAUUCAACAAAGCCACGCCAGUUUCAUCAUCAUUUCAGCCAUUACCCUUCCACUGCUGGACAGACCACGCCAGCAUUGAUCGCAAUAAUUAUUGCUUUUCGUUUUGUUAGAUUUUGUUUCUGCAGACACGGCUUUACAAAUAAGUAAGCUAUUCCAACAUACAAAGUAGAUAAACUGUGGUAUUCUUGUAAACUUUAAACGUGCAUAGAUGAUUCUAAAUAUCGAUCAGACUACUCGAUUUUGCCUGAAAAUAUCUCUGCGUGGUUAUCAAUAGCACAAUCAGGUCACGAUUCCAUUUUCAUUAAUUAAAAAAAAAUACCGAAUAUAUAUGUGUAUUAACCCAAACGUCAUCCAAGUUGAGAAAACACACAAAAGUUUCAAAUGGAUUUUUUGGCUUGGUAUGUCUGAUUAUUGAGAUUUAAUACCAUUUUAUGCGUAAUAAUGUACUUAAUCAAAUUGACAAACGAAACCUAACGCUACUCUGCUGCUGUUUCGAUAAAAUAGAUAGACAGAUAUAUAGAUAGAUAAACUUUUUAUUUGAGCCAUUUAUGACACGUAAAUUUACAAAUGAGUUUAUACAAUCAAAUUAUAUACAAUUUUUAAAAUAUACAACAAAAGGUAAAAUAUGGAAAUAUGGUUUCGUCAUGUGUGUCGCAGUGACUCAAAUAGGCUACAGCUCAGUGAUAGUUUUGCUUAAAAGCAAAGCACUGAUUUUCAAUUGCAGUGCUGAAGUUAGGCUACACGGACGCGUACAACAAGCCCAGAGUGUAACCUGUGUAACCAAUUUAACAGCCAAAAAUAAAAUUGUAUUAUAUAGAUACAUACUUAUAUAAAUGAUGCAUAAAUAAUAUAUUUUAUUAAUUAAUUAAACAUAUAAUACAAAUAAUUCACCACAAUAAUUAUUAUGUUGAAAGCAGUCACUACCAGGCGACCAACCCAAGUUUUUGUUUAGUUAAUAAAUGCUGUAUUAAUAACUUUUUAAAAAUUGAUUUGGAUGCAGCUAGUCUCAUUAGAGGGGGUAUGUUAUUCCAGCAUUUAGUCGCCUGGUGGCGAAAACAUACGGUAAAAGCGACUGUCCUAUGGAUAUGAACCGCCACCGGGGGCCGUGUUGAUCGAGACACAUUACAUCCAUAAUAGUUGUUCAAAGUUGGAAAUUUGAGUUUUGUGUACAGAUAUUCAGGGGAUUUAAAUUUUAGAAGAUCAAACAUAAGUACAGCAUAUUAAUAUUAAUGAUAUGUUAUCCUUAGGUGACAUUCAUUGUUAUGCGGAUGACAGCACUGGGGAUGCCCAUUAUACGGGUCGUAUCAAUGUCCCUCGUUCCAUCGUGGAGGACAAUCGCGAACAGCAGAACGUUAACUAGAGUCUCCGAUUAGGGACGACAAAACUUAGUCCAGUUUAACCCCGCUAAGAGACAAGCUUGCGCGUUCACAACUAAAAAAACCCCAUUUGCUGUGGCACCACAGUUCCAAGGCACGUCUCUUACCAUCUCUAAAAGCAUUGGGAUCCUUGGUGUCGACAUCUCUAGUGAUGUACAGUUCCGUGGCCACCUCGAAGAUAAGGUGAAGCUGGCAUCCAAAAAACUCGGUGUGCUUAAUAGAGCGAAGCAUUACUUCACGCCGGAUCAGCGGUUAAUGCUUUACAAAUCGCAAAUUCGGCCUCAUAUGGAGUAUUGCUGUCACUUAUGGGCGGGAGCACCUAGAUACCAGCUUGAACCCUUCGACUCAGUGCAACGACGAGCUAUGAGAAUUGUCGAUGAUCCCAGACUUGCAAGCGGUAUCGAACCCUUAAGUCUUAGGAGAGAUUUUGCCUCACUCUGCGUGUUCUACCGCUUAUACGACGGAUUGCGCUCAGAGGAAUUAUUCAAUAUGAUGCCUACGGCCACUUUCUAUCAUCGUACGGCCUCGCCAUCGACAGGGAGUUCACCCUCAUACCUUUUAGCCUAAAUGGUCGCGUACAACGCGGUUUCAGAGAUGCUUUCUCCCACGAACACUCAGGUUAUGGAAUGAGCUCCCUGCCGAGGUUUUCCCAAGAGACUACAGCAUGGGGUUUUUCAAAAGGGGGGUAAAGAGGUUUCUUCAGGGUCGGCAACGCGCGCGUAAUGUCUCUGGUAUUGCAGGCGUUCAUAGGCUACGGUAACCGCUUACCAUCAGGUGGGCCGAAUGCUUGUUUGCCACCUGUGGUAUAAAAAAAAAAUUCCAAGAUUUUAGAUAAAAAAGGCAAUAUACUAAUAGGUCCAAGAUCUUUAAAUUCCUUCGGAUGGUCAACUUUAGGAAGAGGAGUAAUUAAUGCCUUUUUACAUUGAUGAGGAACCACACCUGUUACAAUUGAUUUGUUAAUUAUAUCAGUAAUAAUAGAGAGAGUAUGUGGUAGGGUAAACAAAACCAUAUCCCGCCCAAUGCCAUCAGUCCCAAUUGUGUUUGAUUGUAUGGACAAAAUCAUCUUGGCAACAUCAUUUGCACUGAUAGGUUCCAAUCUAAAACAAGGCGUCGAUGUAUUAAAUCGAUGAAAUUUAAAAUAGGUUAGCUGUGAAAUAGGGACCGUUUCAGGUCCGGGUACUUUUAGAAAAUGUUUAUUAAUACUAUUAGGGUCCUUAAAGCUGUCAGGAAGAUACUUAUUUUUACAAGGAUCUAUUAAUAUUCUGUCCCUCAAAUUCUUCCAAAACACUUUACUAUUACUCGUAUUAUAGUUAAUAUAAUUUUUUUUUUGUACAACUUAGAUUGGCAAACAAGCUAACGGCCUACCUGAUGGAAAGUGGUAACCGUCGCCUAUAGACAUGAGCAGUACCAUGGACAUAACAGAGUAUACUGUUUCGCCCAAAUAACCAAUAAUAAUUGUCAAAAAUGGCGUGAAAAAUAAUUAUCAAUAAGAGUUUUUAAAUCAAAGAGUUGACAAGGAAUUUACUUUUUGAAUUGACAACAAAAAAUAUUGUAAAGGAAGAGGGAUUUAUUCAAGUACAGUCUUCAUUCCUCUUGUAUAUUGAAAUCGAUAGCACUUCCAAACCCCUCAACAUCAUCAAUAAAAUCCGAAGACUUGACAUUGUUUAGAAAUGUGUAAAAUUCAUGACAGUCAGACGGUACAGACUUCAAUAAUUCACGGAGAUCUUGCAUUCUUGCUGUUGAUGAAGCUAUUGCCCUCUGGCCAUAGAACUGGUAAGUGGAUAUCUUUAAAGGCAGUUAUUUCAGCUCUCUUAGUACUCUUUGAUAUCCUUGCAGGGAUACAGUCCUGAUCAUGGACCCGAAUAUUUAAACUAUUGUCUUUUUGUGAUCCAUCAUUUGAAGUGUUGGUACUACAUCUACCUUGAAUAGUUUUCUGUGGAGAAUCGACUACCUCAACUGCAUCUUUGUGUAAACUCAUUUUUGCUGCAGCUGUUGUUGGAAGCUUUUUUGCUGGCGUUUUUCUUUUCCGAUUCUUAGGUAUUGCUGUAUUUGGCUUUGGGUCGGGAUCGUAUACUUCAAUCUUAUCAAAA